AUGACGGAUGCGGAGACACGGUAUAACAAAGCAAAGAAAAUCAUCUUAGCCUUGGUCUAUGCCAAGAGGAAGCUUCGACAUUAUUUUGAAUCUCACAGCAUUGUGGUACUCACCAACUAUCCUAUACGGGGUAUAUUAUCUAAGCUUGAUCUAUCUGGGAGAAUUACCAAAUGGGCUAUUGAGCUCAGUUCCUUUGACAUAAUUUAUGAGCCUAGAGUAUCGCACAAAGGACAAGCUGUAACAGACUUUCUUCUAGAAUAUGAAGACACUCCCGAAGAGCCGGAACCCCCUGAACCACAGUGGGAGCUUCUGGUCAAUGGCUCCUCGAAUCAAACAAGUGCAGGGAUAGGGGUUGUUAUGUCAAGACUCGAAGGCACCAAGUUGCAGCAGUCUAUUUGCUUGAAUUUCCCUGCUAUGAACAAUGAGGCAGAAUAUGAGGCGUUACUUGCUGGUCUUCGAUUGGCCAGCAGCCUCCAGGUACGUUGUUUAAAGGUUUUUAGUGACUCACAACUUGUUAUAAAUCAAGUGACAGGUCAGUAUCAUCCGAAAGAGGAAAGAAUGAAGGCAUAUAAAGAAGCUGUGGAAAAUGUUACACGAGGAUUCGAUCAAAUCGAAUUCUAUCAGGUACCUCAUGUUGAGAAUGCCGAAGCAGAUCAAUUGGCCACAGUAGCGUCAUCCUCAAAUGAAGAUCUGACUCGAAUUGUGCCGAUUGACAUCUUGGAUGAACCCAGCAUUAACCCUCAGCAAGAAGUAAUGGUGAUUCCAGUUAUUCUUCGAGAGCCAUGCUGGAUUGAUCCAUUGGAAGCCUACCUCAAGCAUGGAAUUCUUCCAAACCAGAAGCCUGAAGCAUGGAAGCUCCAACUCACGGCAGCUAAAUAUACCAUCAUUAACAACCAGUUAUACCGGAAGUCAUUUCCAAGUCCUUACCUGAAAUGUUUAAGCCCUACUGAGGCUCUUGUGGUAUUGAAACAAAUCCAUAAUAGAGAUUGCGGCAACCAUUCUUGGGGUAGAUCCCUUGCACAUAAAGUUCUAACUCAAGGCUACUUCUGGCUGUACUUGGCCCGGAAUGUAGAAGAGUAUACUCAGAGAUGUGACAAAUGUCAACGCCACGGUCCAAUGAAGCAUCAACCUGCCGAAGAUUUGCAUGCAAUGGCAAAUCCAUGGCCAUUCGCACAAUGGGGGAUUGAUAUGGUGGGCCCUUUACCCAAGACCGUGGAACAAAAGGAGUACGUGCUACUGGCUAUAGAUUAUUUUACUAAAUGGGUAGAAGCCGAGGCUUACUCAAGUGUGACCCAUAAGCAGGUAAAAAGUUUCCUUUGGAACAUCAUUUGCUGGUUUAGGAUCCCAAAAGUCAUUAUGAUGGACAAUGGUAAGAACCUCGAUAAUAAAAGUACAAGAAAAUUCUUCGCUGAGCAUGGAAUUAUACAAAAGCUAGCUGCAGUCAGUCAUCCACAAGGGAAUGGACAGGCUGAAAUAACUAACCGAACUAUUUUUAGUUGUUUAAAGUAA